GUGAUUUUUAGCCGUAAAAGUUCUCUCCCUUCGGCUUCAGGUUGCGACUCUUUCUUCUUGCCUCUGCUUUCUCUCUUUCUGAUUCUUCUACUUAUCAGUUUCAUCGUCGUACCCAUCGAAGCUCCCUAUCCCUCCUUGGUUCGUUGCAUUGUUGCACCAUCUUGGACUCUGGGUUUCUUGGGAAUCAAUCAGAAUACUUGGAAGUAAAACAGGGAAAGCUGUGGCAUGGAUUCUUUUCUCGUGAAAAGGAAGAAAAGCAAGAAUAUUAUCGUUUGUUAUAGGACUGCAUUUUGGAAUUGUUGCAGAGAAGGGGAAUGUAUUGCACCUCUGUAAGCUAGAGGAUCCAAGUUGUUAUUUGAUUUGGAUGAUCAAUUUUUGCACAAGUUGGUGGUGAUCUGUAAGUCCCACUACAAGUCAGCUUCUUUGUACUUUGUGAUUAGAUUGACUAGUGGGUUAUUGCUACAUUCUUCGCAUCAUGCCAGUAGUUCAAAAAUUGUAUGAUGCUUGCAAAGGCUCUUUCUCAACUGAUGGUCCAAUAUCAGAAGAAGCUCUUGAAAAAGUUCGAGGUAUUCUAGAUCAAAUGAAGCCUUCUAAUGCGGGUCUCGAACAGGAGGCGCAAUUGGCUCGUCAAUGGAGAGGAUCUAUAAAUGGUACUAAUGGCAGAAAAGGGCGUAAUGGCAGUCAUCAGUACCCACCUGCAAUCAAAUAUUUGCACUUGCAUGAGUGUGACAGAUUCUCUAUAGGAAUAUUUUGUAUGCCACCUUCCUCUAUCAUACCACUUCACAAUCAUCCUGGGAUGACCGUGUUGAGCAAGCUUCUUUAUGGUUCAUUGCUUGUAAAGUCAUAUGAUUGGCUUGAUCUCCCUGGAUUUGAUGAUUCCUCUCAAGCAAGACCUGCAAAACUUGUAAGAGAUUGCGAAAUGAUUGCACCCUGUGGCACAACAGUUCUUUAUCCCAAUAAUGGUGGCAACAUUCACUGUUUCAAAGCCUUGACACCAUGUGCUCUUUUUGAUGUUCUUUCACCCCCAUAUUCUUCAGAAGAUGGGCGACACUGCUCUUAUUUUAGAAGGGUCCCUGGAAGCGUGCUACCAGAAGGUACAGCUCAAUUGUGCGGCAUAGAACCCUCUGAAGUGGCAUGGUUAGAAGAAACUCAACCUCCAGAAAGCUUUGUGGUCCAGAGAGGGGUAUACAAAGGCCCUAAUAUUAGGCGUUAAAAGGUCCUUCCUCCUCCCUCUUCCCUCUUUUGAAUAGGAUGUAAAAAACCAUUAAUCAGAUUAGAUGAACAAACGGGUAACCCCUGAAUCGAUUGCUGGAAAGUUAGCUGUCAACUUUACUUGGCAGGUAAUAAUUAGCCAUUGGUUUUUGUAAGGUUUUUGUGUGUUGUGAUAAAUGCCUCAUUUACAAUGCUAUAUGGUUUACUUCCGGCCCCA